AUGGAUAGAAUUGUUCAAGGUCCGAGAGGAGAUAACCCUUUGAUUACAGAAGUUUGGGCUUACAAUCUCGAUGAUGAAAUCCUUCGGCUCGACCAUUGUCUGCUAUUGUACCCAGUUAUGUCAAUCGAUACUGAAUUUCCUGGGUGUAUUAAGAGAACUCCUUGGGGCACGAUUGAUGAAGAACUCUACGCAGAUUUUCGAUUCAAUGUCAACCAAACCAAAGUGAUUCAACUAGGUGUGACAGUUUCUGAUGAAUCAGGGGACAUCGGCGGUACAUGGGAGUUUAAUUUCUCUGACUUCGAUCCUGAAAUCGACGCUCAUAACCCUGCGUCCAUUUGUUUUCUGAAACAGAACGGCUUGGAUUUUGGGAAACUGAAAAAAGAUGGAAUUAAGGUGAGAAAAUUUGCAAUAAGAUUCUUAUAUACGAUGCGAAAGCAUGCGAUACACCAGUGGAUUACAUUUCACGGAUUAUACGAUAUUGGAUAUCUGAUAUUGGCGUUGGGCGUGGUUAAAAGCUUGCCGGAAACAUUGGGCGAAUUCGAAUGGAUCGUGGCGAGGAGAGUGGGGACCGUGAGGGAUUUAAAGCAUAUGGCGCGAUUCUGCGAAGGGCUUGAAGGGGGGAAUUUAGGACUCGAGAAGUUAGGGCAAUUGCUGGACCAAAAACGCUUUGGAUUGAAGCAUCACGCUGGUUCUGAUAGUUUAAUGACUGCGCUGCUUCAUGAGAAGAUGUUGCAACUGUAUGAUUUCAAUGCGGAAAUUUGCGAUGGGUUUUUGUAUGGGCUGUCGAAGAAAUUCGAGGAGUUCGUGGGCAUGCAAUCACAUCGCAUAUAUGUUCAAAUUAAGUGUGCGGAAGUGAAAGCUAUGGUGAUUCGUAAGAAGAUGUUAAAACUUUUUUAUGCGAAAAUUUGCGAUGAAUAUGAGCUGUCGAAGAAAUUCAAGGAGUUCAAGGUCUUGCAAUCACACCUCAGAUUUGUUCAACAGGAGUGUGAGAUAGGGCAAUUUUAUUAUUACAAGGCCUCCAACAUUAUGUAUCAAUGA